GGCGCUGCUCAGCCUGGACCCCCAGGACCACCAGGAGACCCAGGACCAGACGGACCCCCCGGACCUCCUGGACAACCCGGUGCACCUGGAGCACCAGGAGCAGCCGGAGCUGGUGGUUCAUGCGAUCACUGCCCUCCACCCCGUACCGCCCCCGGAUAUUAA